AUGUCGUCUGAACCCAUCUUUUUCUGGAAGCCCGAACAAGAGCAUGGGUAUCUCGGGCAGUGGUGGAGCUCUGCAUUCACCGUACCAGGACAAGAUGGAGGUGAAGAGCUGAGAUAUGAGAACUGCGAACAUUACAUGAUGCAUCAAAAGGGCGUCCUCUUCGCCCCCGAUGAUCCAGUUACCGAACGGAUUCUCGCUCCCUCGGGCCCCGUCCCUGGUCCUAAGGCGAUAAAGGCUCUAGGCCGCAAAGUGCCCAACUUUGACGAGGAGGUGUGGAAGAAAGAACGGUUCAGAAUCGUGGUGCAAGGGAAUUAUUACAAGUUCACCCAGGACCCUGACCUAAAGGCUCAGUUGUUGGAGACGGGCGAUAGAGAGCUCGUGGAAGCCAGCCCUCUCGAUAGAAUCUGGGGAGUUGGUUUUGGAGCAAAGAAUGCACCGGCCAAAAGGGCCAAGUGGGGGUUGAAUCUGCUAGGAAAGGCAUUGAUGGAGGUUAGAGACCAGAUCAGAAAGGAAGAAGCUGAAAAUGUUAGCAUCUGA